CCAGAAAAAGGUAUUCCGCCGCAUAGAUGAUAGAUAUGCUACGCAAACCAUCCUCAUCCUCUCUUCUCUGCUCGUCGUGUGGUCGCUCUCCUCCCGGCAUCGAUCAUCCGACAGGGCAACGCAAACAAUGUCAUCGUCGUCGAAGCCCAACUUCUUCGGCCGCGCCUGGAACAGAGCACGCGGCAAGUCGGAUGUGGAGAGGAUCUGCAAGAAGGUCUUCGACGACCUGGCGGACGAGAAGACGGAGCUCCUGCACAUCGACUCCCUCCACGUCGCCACCCUGAUGGUUUACAAUUCGAUCAACAAGCAGUUAGGCAGCCCUCACAAGGACCCUCCCUGUCUGAAGAUCAUCGGUGAAAAAGUGGAGGAGUACCGCGCCAAGGAAGGGAUAGCGUUCACGGAGUUCCAGGAGAUGAUCCUCAAGUGGGUGGAGAAGGACCUGCGGCUGGUGCUCGUGAACAAGGCCGGCUUCGCGAUCAUGGCCGCGCCGCUGUUCGCCGUGACGGCCAAGAGCGCUGGCAGGCAGGUGCCGAGGGUCGGCGACGCGGUGGACAAGGUGCCCACGCCGCUGAUCGCCGCCGCCUUCUCCAUCGGGCUCCUGUUCCUGCAGGACGUCUGGUUGUGGAGGCAGAGGGACUGAAAGAGAUCGCUUUGGAUCGCUCUCGCUCGUCGCUCUGGAGGCUUUCGCUUUCAGGCACUGGCUGACAGAGUGACAGUUAUGGUCCCAAUGCUUUGCUGCUGCGUGAUGGUAGGCUGAAAGUCUGAUCGAUAGCGAUGUACUAUUGCUUAAGUUACGCAAUUGGCACCUGAAUGGCACGUAUGCGACAAUGAUGGGAAGGGAGCACUGUAAGGACGGUGACGUUCGUUCUUAAAUCUUAAUACAGGUUUAUUUAUACGAUUAA